CAUGUACGGCGUCGCUAUUUGUGCAGGUUGUUUCGCAGCUGUCAAUCAAGCCGGACUCCUCCUCCUCGUUGUUCACGAGGAGCCAAGCGCAAGCCCGCAGAGCGUCGAGGCGAAGCGUCGACGGAAGCAGGCAAAGUUUCCUCGCGUCUCCCCCGCCGGCCGAUGUGGCAGCAAACGCGGGCAAUGACGCGCGCGCCACCGUGAAGAGCCCAGCACGGAUGGGUUUCUGAGACGCGCGCUGGCACGCACGCGCGCAGCAGUAUGCGUCGCCGCGAUGGCAGCGGGCAACGCUAAGAGCACCGCGGCGAGGACACUGGAGGACUUAACGCUCGAUUCCGGUUAUGGUGGCGCGGCGGACUCGGUCCGGUCGUCCAGCGUGUCGCUGUGCUGCUCCGACCCGCCGCUGCAGUCGCUUUCGCACGGCGGCAACCGCUGGCAUCUGACGGGAUCCAUGCACAGCCGACAGAACAGCUUGGACACGGUCAACACCGUGCUGGCCGAGGACUCGGAGGCUCUGGAGUGCGCGGCCCACCCGUGCGCCAAGCUGCCCGAGCCGGAGGAGGUGCCGUGGAGCCUGGCCGAGGUGGAGGGCGCUCUGCGGCUGCGGCGGUGGCGGCGGCGGCCGGACGAGGAGCCGCCGCUGCCGCCGCCGUCCCCGGAGAUGGUGGCGCGGCUCUCGGUGCUCGUCGGCCGCGCGCUGGUGCGCCUGGCCCGGGAGGCGCAGCGGCUCAGCCUGCGCUACGCCAAGUGCACCAAGCUGGAGGUGCACACCGCCGUCAAGGUGGUGCUCUCCUGGACCAUCUCCGUCAACUGCAUCGCGGCCGCGCUCGGCGCCCUGUCCCUGUACACCGCGAGCGGCGCCGACAAGUUCGCCCGAGGCAAGUCCGCGCGCUGCGGCCUCGUCUUCUCCGUGGGCAAGUUCUUCAGGUGGAUGGUGGACAGCCGCGUGGCGCUGCGCGUUCACGAGCACGCCGCCAUCUACCUGACGGCGUGCGUGGAGAACCUCUUCCGAGAAGUGCUCGGCCGCCUGGCGCGCGGCGCCGCGCCGCUGCAGCGGGACGGCGGCGUCCCCGACCUCAGCCUGGAGGCGCUGGAGCGGGCCCUGAAUGGCGACUCGGAGCUCUGGGGGCUGCUGCAGCCGUGCCAGCACCUCGUCUGCGGGAAGAACUCCAGCGGUGUGCCGAGCCUCCCCGAGAGUCUCAACCUCCACCGGGAUCAGCAGCGGCGCUCGAGCCGAGGCGAAGGUCACGGCUGCUGCGCUCCGGCCGAACUCCGCACGGUGGAGCAGUCGCUCCUCGCCACGCGGGUGGGAAGCAUCGGCGAGCUGAGUGAUUUGGUGUCACGAGCCAUGCACCACCUGCAGCCGCUGCACGUGAUGAACGCCGCCCACGCGAGCACCGGCGGCGGCGGCGGCGGCGGCGGCUCGGGCGCGGCGGCCUGCGCCGGCGUCCACUGGGAGCCCGAGGCGCUCCACACCUUGUGCUACUUCAUGCACUGCCCGCAGAUGGAGUGGGAGAACCCCAACGUGGAGCCUUCCAAGGUCACCCUGCACACCGAGAGGCCGUUCCUGGUGCUGCCGCCGCUGAUGGAGUGGAUUCGGGUGGCGGUGGCGCACGCCGAGCACCGGCGCAGCCCGGCGGUGGACAGCGACGACGUGCGGCAGGCCGCCCGACUCCUGCUGCCCGGCGUCGACUGCGAGCCCCGACAAAUAAGAGCGGAGGAUUGUUUCUGCGGCGGCCGCAAGAUGGACGCCGCCUCCGCCGAGGCCAAGUUCCUGCAGGACCUGGGCUUCCGAAUGCUCAACUGCGGACGCGCCGACCUGGUCAAGCAGGCCGUCAACCUGCUGGGACCCGACGGCGUCAACAGCGUCAGCGAGCAGGGAAUGACGCCCCUGAUGUACGCGUGCGUGCGCGGCGACGAAGCCACGGUCCAAACGCUUCUGGACGCCGGCGCCGACGUCAACGGCCAAUUGUUGCUGGACAACAGCGCCGGCGUGGAGGGGUCGCUGCUGGACGGGGCCGACAACUACGCGGAGACGCCGCUCCAGCUGGCCUCCGCCGCAGGCAACUUUGAGCUGGUGAGCCUCCUCCUGGAGCGAGGCGCCGACCCCAUGAUCGGCACCACGUGCCGCAACGGCAUGUCGGCGGCGCCGCUUGGCGACAUGAACUCCUUCAGCCUGGCGGCGGCGCACGGACACAGGAAUGUGUUCCGGAAACUUGUGUCCCAGUCGGAGAAGGGUGAUGUCUUUUCGAUGGAGGAGAUCUCGGCCGAGGGUUCGGAGCCAGGCCCGCAAAAGUCUUCGGCCCCGCAGGCCAACGGCGGCGGCGGCGGCGGCGGGACGCUACGAACAGGAAAGGCCAAGCUGCGCGCCCUGAAAGAGGCCAUGUACCAUAGCGCCGAGCACGGCCAUGUGGACAUCACCAUCGACAUCCGCAGCUUAGGCGUUCCGUGGACGCUGCACACGUGGCUGGAGUCGCUGCGGACCAGCUUCGCGCAGCAGCGUCGUCCGCUGAUCCAGGCUCUGCUCAAGGACUUCGGCUGCAUCCGCGAGGACCAGUACACCGAGGAGCUGCUCACGCACGGCCUGCCGCUCAUGUUCCGCAUCCUCGGAUCCUGCAAGAACGAGGUGAUCAGCCAGCAACUGUCGGCGAUCUUCACGCAGUGCUACGGUCCGUUUCCCAUCCCCAAGCUGGCGGAGAUCAAGAAGAAGCAGGCUUCGCGUUUAGACCCGCACUUCCUCAACAACAAGGAGAUGUCGGACGUCACCUUCCUGGUGGAGGGCAAACCCUUUUAUGCACACAAAGUUCUGCUUUUCACCGCAUCGCCCAGGUUUAAAUCGCUGCUGCAAAACCGACCGGCGGCUGAGAACACCUGCAUCGAAAUUAGCCACGUCAAGUAUAACAUAUUCCACUUGGUCAUGCAGUAUCUCUACUGCGGAGGCACCGAGUUCUUGCACAUCCGAAACACGGAAGUCAUGGAGCUCCUGUCCGCCUCCAAAUUCUUCCAACUAGAGGCCCUUCAGAGACACUGUGAGAUCAUCUGCUCCAAGAACAUCACCACAGAGACCUGCGUGGACCUCUACAAGCACGCCAAGUUCCUGGGCGCCUCGGAGCUGACGCGCUUCAUCGAGGGCUACUUCUUGAAGAACAUGGCGCUGCUGGUGGAGCUGGACGCUUUCAAGCAGCUUCUGUACGGGCCGUCGCCGCCGGACCCCACGUCCCCCUCGCCCGACCCCGCCGCAGCCGCCGCCGUCCUCUGCUCGGACAUCCUGCACGACCUGGAGAAGACGCUGGCCUCCCGCGUCCACUCCAUCCACUUGUCCGCCUCCAAAGGCUCGGUGGUGUGACGUGGCUUUUUGGGACCGCUAGGGAUAAGUAGCAAAGCCAGCAAAAGGAACCAAAAUCCUCCCACCCGCAUUUUUUUUUUUUUUUUUGCAUGAGGCCCUUUUAUGCACGGCCUUCCCACCGAGGAAGUGCAGGACGCCAUUGAAACCAUGCAAAGUGUCAAUAGAGCCACGUUUGUUCUCGUGUCCAACUCUGUCGUCUCGCCCUCGAACGUGCGCGUUGCACAUUUGUAGCCGGGCCGCUCGCCGUCUUGCUUUUUGCGGCGCAUUUUCUCCUCCGUAAUAUUCCACUUGGUCGAAAUCGAGCAAAAGACCUGACGAGCGAUUGAAAGCUGUUGGGGAAGACGGGACUGAGUGAUCAGCAGGUGUACCUAAUGAAGUGGCUCCAUGCUGGGGCGGCAAAACGUUUCACAAAUCGGGGUGCAAAAAAAAAAAGAGUCAUGCAGUCCUGUACUACUAUUUCCUGUAGGCAUUUAAAUGAUGUAAAUAAUAGUGACAGAAAUCCUAUAUUAUUUCUUUAUUUUCUUACACAGAGCCCCGUAGAUGUCAUUUGAAUCCAGUUUGUUGAUAUGCACAUAAAAAGGAUCCUAUUAAGAGCAAUAUUUCAACACGAGUGUAUAUUUCCUGCUAAUAUGACAGCAGCAGAGACCAGCCAGCAUUGAAUGAGGGAAGAAAGGGGGAAGAAUGAACUAUUUUUUUAAGCUCGUGUUGGAAAGAAGUUGUCUCAGCGUCUUCUAAUGAUGUCCGCACUUUUGGUGUGCACGAAUUGUCACUGCACGAUUACAUUUUGUGUUGAGGAAACACUUGCUUUGCCGCAUUGCCGCUUUUGCUCCUCCAGAGGCGCCGGUGAGUCGUUGUAGCCGGAGCCAAUGGCUUCCUUUUUCUUGUAGAACGACGCCCCCUGUCGUUGGGAGGCAGCGUGUACAAUUAGGCGGCCUUAGGCUGCGCUCGCUUGCGCCUCUGCCGGUGCCCCGUUGCUAUUGCUAAAAGUGGUGCUCAAGCGUUCGUGUGGACCCACGUGGUUCUUCUGUUGUUGCCGGUGCACUUUCUUUGUCUCGUUUUCCUGUUCGUUUGUCCCGCUGAUACUUUGACCGCUAAAAUGUUCACAUUAGUUCGCCUUAGAAUAAAAAAGUCCGUAGAAGUGAAGCCCCGUGAAUACUUUCCAGAUGCACUCAUUCACAGAGCUUCACUUUUUCAAGUUUCAGGGGGGAAAAAUGAUUUUACCAGGCCCUCAAAGGGACCUUUUUAUCCCUUGCCUUGAAAAGAAUGAAUGGUGAGAUAUAUAUAUAUGGAAGUCUAAUCGAGACACCGUGAAAGAAGCAAGGAUGUAGUUGAGUCCAGCACCAACAAAGGUUAACACUCGUGCGCCACGUUUCAUGUUUCUGUGUACAGACAAUAAAUGACCACAUUUUCAUCGA